CGCCCAGUCUUCUAUAUUAACUGCUCUGCUGCCGCGUGAGCUCGCUACAGACGCUUAAUAGUCUUUUUUUUAUUAUAUACAUCUCGUAUUUCUCUUUUUAUUAUUUUGUUCCGAGACUCCAUUAUAUUCUUAACAUUAAGGGAAAAUGGCUGACACAAAAGUCGAUACCAGCUCGGAAGUCUCCGCCAAGGACCUUAAAGAAAAGAAACAGGUUGAGGAGGCAGAAAACGGAAAGGAUGCCCCUGCUAAUGGAAAAACAGAAAAAGAGGAGAAUGGUGAUGCAGAAAAUGAAGUAGAUGAGGAAGAUGAUGAUGUGGCUGAAGAAGAAGACGAGGAAGAUGAUGGAGAAGGUGAUGAUGAUGAAGAUGAUGAGGCUGAGGGUGGCACAGGAAAACGAGCAGCUGAGGAUGAUGAUGACGAUGAUGAUGAUGAUGAGGAUGUUGUUGAAACCAAGAAGCAAAAGACUGUGUAAGAAGCUACUUUGUUGGAAGUCUUCUCAUCCCUCCUUGUCCACUGGGGGAGCAAAAACAUGGUCAUCAUCAAGUAGAGUCCACCAUCCAUGUACACACACCUAACUGCAGAUUUUGUAGAAACAACCAAGACUUCAAAGCUCUACCUUCUUACAAAAUACUUUAAAAGGAAAAAUUUGUUUGUAUUUUUAUUUACAUUUUAUAUUUUUGUACAUAUUUUUAGGAGGUCAGCCAUUUUUGACCGUGAUCUCUGGUUACCAAACGGUGCUUUGAAGUUGAUGCUUCUCGAUGAAAUAGAUUUUACUUGUGGUUGGACCAUGUCAUGUUAUCUCAAAGGAAACUUGUAAAAACUAAGCAAAAAGGAAAUUAAAAAUUGCAGAAAAACGUACAAAAAAUAAACAAAAAACAAUAAUUAAAAGCAUUCCAGUAACUUUGUGUAUGUACAUCAGUUGUAUCAUACGUAGUUGGAUUGUAUGAGAGGGCAAGGCCAAAAGAAAUUUUUUUUUUUCUUUUCUUUCUUGUCUAUUAAAUUGCUUGAUGUGUGAAAUUUGUUGUGCGACAAUAAACCGAAAAUUUAUUUUGUGAGUUCUUAAUUUUUUUUUCUUUUAUGAUUUUUCAUGAGUUUUUUAAUGUUGGAGCUGUAUAGGCAAGAAUAAUUGAACCAGCAUUAUCUUCAGAUGCAGUUCAUGUUUUUUCAGCAGCCUGUCAAAAGUAAAUGUACAUCAAUGUAAAUUAUUCAGGCCUUUGAGACUCCAAGAUCUGGUAUAAAUUAUAUUGUGUUAAAUAAAA